AUGACGUCUCAACUUAUAAAAGAAAAUCGUAAUGGAAUCAAUAAUCAGAAAAACCAGUCAAAGGCAACUGUAUAUGUUAAAUGGUCAAAUUUGUCAGAACGUAUAACAUCAAAUAUUCGAACUGUAAUUUUCCGGAAAAUCUGUUCGGAAAUUCAAAUUGAAUCAAAUGUAAAUUACGAUGAUUUGUGUGGUCCGUGGUCUUAUCCAAGAAAUCUUUAUAAGUCAUACAUUGAUGCACCGCAUCCAGGUUUAUGUAUUUGGGAAUAUUUUACAGAAGAGGAUAUAAUUUAUUUAAAAAAAUACCAGGAUAAUAAGUAUAUUAUAUGUUCUUUUUUUGGUAAAUAA